AUGGAGAUUUUCAAGAAACUAGAUAUCAACAUACCUGGCACCAUAGGGAAUAUCUCUGUUGGAAAAGUACUAAUUGAUUUGGGAGCCAGUAUUACUCUCAUGCCGCUUUCCAUUUUUGAAAAGAUUGAAGGUUUGGAACUUAAGCCUACUCGGAUGACUCUCCAACUAGCAGAUAAAUCUCUAAAAUAUCCUUAUGGGGUGGCUGAAGAUGUGCUUGUGAAGCUGGACAAAUUCUUGUUUCCUGUGGACUUUGUUAUCAUGGAAAUGGAGGAAGAUGUGAAUGUGCCUCUUAUUCUUGGGAGACCUUUUAUGAAGACUGUAAGAGUUUUGAUUGACGUGGAAAACGACAAGUUGAAGCUGAGAGUGCAAGAUGAAGAAGUAAAUUUUGAUGUUUUUAAAGCCAUGUAUGACCCAAAAGAUGACAAAAAGUGUUUCCAUCUUGACACUCUUGACAAAAUAUGCAUCUUACAAGAAAAGACAAUUUUGAGAAUCAGUGCUCUAUGA